UCGCUGGAGGAGCGCGAGCAUGGCGGCGUUUUCUGAGAUGGGUGUUAUGCCGGAGAUUGCUCAAGCUGUAGAAGAGAUGGACUGGCUUCUUCCCACAGAUAUCCAAGCAGAGUCUAUCCCAUUGAUUUUAGGAGGCGGUGAUGUACUUAUGGCUGCAGAAACUGGAAGUGGAAAAACUGGUGCAUUCAGCAUCCCAGUUAUUCAAAUUGUUUAUGAAACUCUGAAGGACCAGCAGGAAGGCAAAAAAGGAAAAACCACCAUAAAAACUAGUGGGGGAGUGCUCAACAAAUGGCAGAUGAAUCCAUAUGAUAGAGGAUCUGCAUUUGCGAUUGGAUCCGAUGGCUUCUGUUGCCAAAGCAGAGAGAUAAAGGAAUGGCAUGGAUGCAGGUCAACAAAAGGAGUGACUAAAGGAAAAUAUUAUUAUGAAGUGGCCUGCCAUGAUCAAGGGUUAUGCAGAAUUGGGUGGUCCACUCUGCAAGCUUCAUUAGACUUGGGCACUGACAAAUUUGGCUUUGGCUAUGGUGGAACUGGGAAGAAAUCUCACAACAAACAGUUUGAUAGUUAUGGGGAGGAAUUCACUAUGCAUGACACAAUAGGAUGCUAUCUAGAUGUAGAUAAAGGGCAGAUAAAAUUUUCCAAAAAUGGAAAAGACCUGGGGCUUGCAUUUGAAAUUCCAGCACACCUAAAGAACCAAGCACUCUUUGCAUCUUGUGUUCUAAAGAACGCUGAAUUGAAAUUCAAUUUUGGCGAAGAAGACUUUAAAUUUCCACCCAAAGAUGGCUAUAUUGCUCUUGAUAAGGCUCCUGAGGGUAGCGUUGUGAAAUCUGAUCAUGCAGGAAGUGCACAAGUAGCCCAAACGAAGAAUUUCCCAAAUGCUCCCAAAUCCUUGAUUGUGGAGCCAUCUAGAGAGCUAGCAGAGCAAACUCUGAACAACGUGAAACAGUUCAAAAAAUACGUUGACAACCCUAAGCUAAGGGAACUCCUAAUUAUUGGUGGUGUUGCAGCAAGAGAGCAACUCUCCGUAUUGGAGCAAGGGGUGGACAUUGUUGUGGGAACCCCUGGAAGGCUGGAUGAUCUCGUGUCAACCGGAAAAUUGAAUUUGUCUCAGAUCAGGUUCCUGGUUCUUGAUGAGGCGGAUGGCCUGCUCACCCAAGGUUAUACAGACUUCAUCCACAGAAUUCAUUCUCAGAUUCCUCAGAUAACUUCAGAUGGGAAGAGGCUACAGGUAAUCGUGUGCUCUGCAACACUUCAUUCAUUUGACGUGAAGAAGCUGUCAGAGAAGAUCAUGCACUUUCCCACUUGGGUCGACUUGAAAGGUGAAGAUUCUGUCCCAGAGACGGUGCACCAUGUUGUGGUCCCCGUGAACCCGAAAACUGACAAACUCUGGGAAAGGCUUGGCAAAAACCACAUCCGGACUGAUGAGGUACAUGCAAAAGACAACACAAGACCUGGUGCUAAUAGUGCAGAAAUGUGGUCAGAAGCAAUUAAGAUUCUAAAAGGAGAGUAUACCGUUCGGGCCAUCAAGGAGCACAAGAUGGAUCAAGCAAUUAUCUUCUGUAGAACUAAAAUAGACUGUGACAACAUGGAACAAUACUUUAUCCAGCAAGGAGGAGGUCCAGAUAGGAAAGGACAUCAGUUCUCAUGUGUCUGCCUGCAUGGUGACAGAAAGCCUCAUGAAAGAAAACAGAAUUUGGAGCGCUUCAAGAAAGCGGACGUCAGAUUUUUGAUCUGCACUGAUGUGGCUGCUAGAGGAAUUGAUAUCAGCGGUGUUCCUUAUGUUAUCAAUGUCACGCUUCCGGAUGAAAAACAGAACUACGUUCAUCGUAUUGGCAGAGUGGGAAGAGCUGAACGGAUGGGUCUGGCUAUUUCCCUUGUGGCAUCAGAGAAAGAAAAGGUUUGGUAUCAUUCAUGCCCCAGUCGUGGGAAGGGUUGCUAUAAUACAAGACUGAAAGAUGAGGGCGGCUGCACCAUUUGGUACAAUGAGAUGCAGCUGUUGGGCGAAAUAGAAGAACACCUGAACUGUACCAUUUCCCAGGUUGAGCCAGAUGUUAAGGUCCCAGUGGAUGAUUUUGAUGGCAAAGUCACAUAUGGACAGAGGAGGGCUGCUGGUGGUGGAACCUAUAAAGGCCAUGUGGAUAUUUUGGCACCUACCGUACAGGAGUUGGCUGCCCUUGAAAAGGAGGCUCAGACAUCUUUCUUGCAUCUUGGCUACCUUCCUAACCAGCUGUUUAGAACAUUUUGAUUGCUCUUGGGCGUGAGUUGGGUUAAAUGUCUCUGUCCUUAAAAUGC